GCAUCGCCAUGCUAUCUCAGGCUCUCAGCGCCAAGGAGACCUGAAGUCUCUGAGUUCCCCUUCUUUCAUUCGGCACUUCUCUCUUUCGAUUUCUCCUCCCCCCUACCUUUCCCCCAUUUUCUCUCUGUUCUUCCGGAUCUUAAAAGAGUAUGCAGAACUUGGACAAGAACUGCAGGGUUUGCAUGGAGUGGCAAGAGCAUUGCUACUGGAGCCACAUGGCCGAUGACCAGAAGCACUUCUUCAAGCCUAUGGUUGGGGACUUCACUGAAACCAUGAGCAUACCUGGAAGAUUCGCAAACAAUUUCAACGGCCACAUCUCGGAGGUCGUCAGCUUGAAGUCCCCAGGUGGCAAAACAUGGAGCAUUGGAGUAGGCAACAAUGCUAAUGACGAAGUAAUGCUCCAGUCUGGCUGGAAAGAGUUCGUCAGUGCUCACAGCAUCGAGGAAGGAGACUACCUGCUCUUCAAGUACAGCGGAGUGUCCUCCUUUGACGUCCUGAUUUUCGAUUCAAGCGGCUGCGAGAAAACAGCGCCCCAUUUUGCCCAAAACCAUGGGUGUGAAAGAAUCGAGGGUUCUGCGGGCGUCGAAGGAGCGCAGCUGGAGUUGGCAGUUCAGAGAAACACCAGCCGGAGCAUCCCCAACCCAUGCAAACGCAAACUUUGCCGUGAUAUUGAACAAGUUCGCUGCCAUGUCAAAGAUGACGAAGACGAUCUUGAGGUAGAUCAUGAGGGCGACACGCCGGCGGCCAAGACCGGAUACUACUUCUGCAAGAAUGGCCCGGUGAGCGCGUACCAUCUGACAGAGGAAGAGAGGGAGGAGAUAUCAAGCGUCCGGAUCCCGGCCCAGCCGACGAACCCGGUGUUCGUGCAGGUGAUGCACCCCAGCCAUGUCCGCGGCAAGAAAUCCGGCGUCGUGGCCAUUUCUUCAGAGUUUGCGGCGAAGUACCUGGGAGCGACCCGCGGGGAGAUCAUCCUCCAGAGGGUCGGCAGCAAGGGGAAGUGGCACGUCCGCUACAGCUGCAACAGGUUCAGCCGUGGCCUCGUCGGCCGCGGCUGGUGCGGCUUCGUCGGCGACAACGGCCUCCUCAACCACGACGUCUGCCUCUUCGAGCUGAUCAAGGGCAAGCAGCGCCCGACCAUGACCGUGCACGUCCUGCGCAAGGUGCGCGACCGCUUCGUCCUCCUGCGCUGAAGCUCGUGGCUCCUGCUUAUGGCUGGAGCCGAGCUGAGCUGAGCUCUGCUGCUGUGUGUCCGUGUGGUGCGUUUACCUUGUGUCUGGGAACUCUGAUGUCGCAUGAACCAUGAAAUCGUCUUCGUCUUUGGAGUGUGAUUAUGUAGAGCUGCAGCUCUCGUCUUUGUAUGGUAUGUUGAGCCAGUAUUGUUCCAA